CAAGUGCGACAUUAACAUGAUUUAUCUCGUUUACAUCGCAGCGCCAUCACUUAAUUUAUUUUAUAUCUUUUCGGUUGGUGGCUCUGAAAGAUAAAACGAAUGUAGCUGAAUGUAGCCAACAUAGCCAAUUGUUGUUUUACUGAAUUUAUUUCUCAGGAUUCUUUUUUUCUUUGUAGAUGUAUUGCAGUGAGUGACGCUCAGAAGUGAUUAGACACGAAGGUUGUAUUGCUUUCUUUGUAGCAUAGUGUACUUAAAUACGGAAAAGUGAUGUAUAUUCGAAAUGCCGUAGGGUUAUAAAUAUGACGCUGUACGAUUUGAAUUGUGGUUGUCUGAGUCAGGUUCUGGUUGGGUCUAGGUGCUCUGAGUUCACUGUGGUAUACUGAACGUGAUUAAACACAAGUAAUUGGAAGGGAUGUGCUUGAAAUUAUUACUGGCCAUUCAAGAAACGGUUUUCUAAAGUUAAAAUAAUGACGGUGUUACCUUUUUCUGUUAUGUGUGGAAGAUUCGCAGGUGCGGCGUGACAAUUUGUUGCGUGUGCUUGGUGCGAGGUUGUUAACAGGUGAACAGUGAUCUCUGGUAAUGGACAUUUUCCUGAUCGUAUUGAGUCAGAGUAUUUAUCAGUCAUCUUCAAUUCGCACGUGGAAUAUUGGACAGGUGUACGCGAAUAAAAACCUCGAGCAGUAAUGUUCGUGUUCGUAAAUUGGAAUUAAAAACCUGUAAUUGUGAGAGUGAAGCCAGUCGCCAAAAGCUCAUAAAUGUUUUUGCCUUAAUGAACUUUUCUUCAACUUCUAUUUUGUGAAAUGUUAGGCGUUAAACUUGCAUUGAUGGGUAUUAUGUGAUAAAAUUUCAUGUUAAGUUUCUUUUUAUUGUAUUCGUGUUAAGAAUCAUGGCAUCUCGAAUUGUGGGACGAGUUGUUAAUUUUCUAGUACAGCGAACAAGUUACUGCAAUCCACUGGUCAGACAAUCACAGCAGUCGUACGCAGCAUGUGCACCUGCAGCAAAUAAGUCUCGUGAACAUACACACCAUACAUCACCUGUCAUACCAGUUUUUAGGCGGGCAGCAGAAUAUUGUGAUCGGAUUGCGUUGCGGGACAUUCAUGGAGAUUAUACUUACCGAGGUGUAUUUCUUAGUAGUAGGCAAUUUGCCUGUGAAAUUCGAGAUAAUUUAGAUGGACAGCAAGAGAGAGUAGCAUUCUUAUGUCCGAAUGAUGCAACGUAUGUGAUAACACAGUGGGCGUGCUGGAUGAGUGGCCAAAUAGCUGUUCCUCUAAGUCCAUCUCAUCCUGCACCCAUUCUUGAAUACUAUGUAACUGAUAGUGAUGUGAAGUUGUUAGUUACAACUCCAGAAUAUGCUGAUAUUAUGUCAGAAAUUUCAAAGAAGACUGGGCGCAAGCUUCUAAUUUUGGAAGAAGCAUUGCGUGUUCUAGCCAUGAAACAAACCGUGAAACCAAGUUUUAUAAUACCUGGUUAUGCAAGUGAUUUUGAAGUUAUUACAGAUGAUAGAGAGCUAUUGAAAGGUGGACUUGAACCUGAAUUUUAUGAUGACAACAAUGCAUUAAUUCUGUACACAUCUGGAACCACAGGGCAGCCAAAAGGUGUUGUGAUAAGUCAUAGUAAUCUUCAGGCUCAGAUAUCUGGAAUGGUGGAUGCCUGGGGAUGGUCUCAGAAAGAUAUAAUUCUUCAUACUCUCCCUCUCCAUCAUGUACAUGGGAUUGUAAAUGCUCUUAUGUGUCCUUUGCAUGUUGGUGCACGGUGUGUGAUGCUCCCUAAAUUUGAAUCUGCUCGAGUGUGGAGUCAACUAUUGGCAGUUAAUGUUGCCCAAACAGAACGUGUAAAUGUUUUUAUGGCUGUCCCUACUAUAUACAUGAAGUUGAUCGAGGAAUAUGACAAGAUAUUUGCAAAGAAUGAGCGAAUGAAAGAGUAUAUUCGGGCAACUUGCUCCCAAAAAAUUAGGUUGAUGGUGAGUGGUUCUGCUCCCCUGCCGCUUCCUAUUUUUAAUCGAUGGGAAGAAAUCACUGGACAUCGUAUUCUUGAGCGAUAUGGAAUGACUGAAACCGGAAUGAUUUUAUCCAACCCACUAAUUGGUGAGAGAAAACCAGGAUUUGUAGGUUUUCCCAUGCCGGAAGUACAAGUUCAGAUUGCAAGGAGUGAAACUGAUGGAAAAUCUUCAGUUUUAGUCUCGGGCAAAAGCACAGGCAGUAUUCUUCAUUCAAAGGAAAGUACAAAAGGGGAACUGAGAGUGAAAGGACCAGGAAUAUUUAGAGAGUACUGGAGACGACCAAAAGCUACAGAAAAGGAAUUUACUGCAGACGGCUGGUUCAGAACAGGUGACACAGCAGAGUAUGUUGAUGGAUCUUAUAGGCUUCUGGGACGGACAUCUGUUGAUAUAAUUAAGACAGGUGGCUAUAAAGUCAGUGCAGUGGAAGUAGAAACUCAUCUUCUGGGUCAUCCAGAUAUUUCUGAUGUUGCAGUUGUGGGAUUGUCAGAUAUUACUUGGGGUCAAAAGGUAGCUGCAGUGGUUGUGGCUCGAGAUAAUGCUGAAAUAAUCCUCUCCAAAAUUAGGGAAUGGGCCAAGGAUCGAAUGGCUCCAUAUUCUAUACCUACCGUAUUAAAAGUUGUGGAAAAGUUGCCAAAGAACAGUAUGGGAAAAGUAAAUAAGAAGCAACUUGUUAAUGAAAUUUUUCCAGAGAAUAAGAAAUGAAAAGAGUCUGUAUCAACAUGUAUGACUGGAUUGUGUUUAUGAUUGUACUGAUUUUUCAUGUUUAGUGUUACAUGCAUUAACUUUUUUCUGUUGGUAUGAGAUGGAACAGUGAGUGAAUUCAGUAUGAGAGUUCUUUGUGGUGUAUCUACACAAGUCAAGUGGUAUAUCAUUUCAUGAACUGUGCGCUUGAUGUGUAAAUAAAAAAUUAAAUGGUAAUUCAUCAGUAAUCCAAAAAUGUAUAGUUUUUGUCAUUUGGUCAUCUGUUCAACUUGUGAAGUUUUGUCAUUUCCCAGAAUGUAAGAUUAGUACCUACAUUUAAUUACUUUUUGCAUUAUCUCUGAGCAACAUCAUUUGCACCUAUAAGUAAUGGAUAUGAAAUAUUGAUUUAUCGCAUCUACCUGUCUACAAGCUUACUAACCAAGAAAUAGUGAGCUUUAGGAAGAAUAAAUCAAUACGAGUGAAUUUAUAUUUUGGAAUUUAUGAAGUGUUUGCUACUGUAGAAUGUAAAUAACAUCAGCACUGUGUGUGCAUUUUAAUAUUAUGAAUGUCUCUGCCAAUAUUUCACAUUACCCUUCAGCAUUUUCUGUUUCUCUAAUAGCAAAGUCAUUGAGAAAUGUGAAUCCCUAAUGAUGGGUCAAUUAGGUGAUAAGUGGACAAGAUGGAAUUUUAUUCACAAAAAGUUGAUGAUUUAAGAACUAAAAUAGGUAACAAAAUUAUGAAAUUAGGCACUAUUAGGCAUGGAAAGUGAUGUUUUAAGCACUAAAAAUUGGUUUCAAAGCGAUUAAACCAGGCAGAAAGGCAUGAACAGUUGUGUUUCUGGCAUCUAAUACUGAUCACUAGGGAGAGGAUAUUUUUGUGACCCAAAAAAUCUUGAAAUAUGCUUUUAUGACCUAAAAAUUCUGAAAUAUGCAAUUAAAAUAAACAAUAUUUCAUUUCCUGCAUAAACUUUCCUUGAUAAAUUUCAGGAGAAGCAUGCUUGGAGUGAAUAGGGAUGUUUUUGUGCAAACAUAAUAUAAUGUAUGUUACUUCAUGGGAGAAAUAAUUAAAGUAACCUUAGUGAAGAACAAUGUAUGUUUAGUUG